GAGAGGGGCCGCUCUGGCCCGCUGGGAGGACCGUGGGUGCAGACGAGAGGGGCUGCUGGCGCGCCCCGCGGAGCGCAGACAGGUUCUAUCUUCAGAUCUGAGUGCUGCGCACUGCUCCCAUGGAGAUCCCCAAAAAACUGGUGAACGCGGUGUCUGGCUGUGCUGACGAUGCUGUGGCGGGACUGGUGGCCUGCAACCCCGGCCUCCGGCUGCUCCAGGGACACCGGGUGGUCCUKCGGGGUGACCUGCCGGCCAUCCGUGGCCGUGUGGCCCUGCUGUCCGGAGGGGGGUCCGGCCAUGAGCCCGCCCACGCAGGCUAUGUCGGGAAGGGAAUGCUGACUGGAGUGGUGGCUGGAAAUGUGUUCGCAUCACCGUCCGUGGGCAGUGUCCUUGCAGCCAUCMGGGCAGUGGCACAGGCUGGAGCAGCGGGGAUCCUCCUGAUUGUGAAGAACUACACUGGGGACCGGCUGAAUUUCGGGAUGGCCCUGGAGYGGGCGCGGGCUGAGGGGGCCGACGUGCAGAUGGUGGUGGUGGGCGACGACUGUGCCUUCGCUACGCCAGGAAAAGCCGGGCGCCGCGGGAUCUGCGGCACCAUCCUCAUCCACAAGGUGGCGGGAGCUCUGGCMGAGGCAGGCGCAAGCUUGAAUGAGAUCGUGGAGAAGGUGACGGCGGCUGCCAAGGCCAUGGGUACCCUGGGKCUCAGCCUGUCUCCCUGCAGUAUCCCAGGAUCCAAGCCCUCGUUCCAGCUGGCUGAGGAUGAGAUGGAGCUGGGGUUGGGGAUCCACGGCGAGGCUGGAGUGCGCAGGAUGAAGGUGCUGCCAGCGGAUAAGGCCGUGGAGACAAUGCUGGAGCACAUGACGGAUCCAUCCAAUGCUUCUCACUUGUCCCUGAAGCCUGGAUCCUCCGUGGUGCUCGUGGUGAACAACCUGGGUGGAUUGUCCUGCCUGGAGCUGGGAAUUGUGGCCGGAGCUGCUGUGCGCUGCCUGGAGAGCCGAGGGAUCCGCAUCGCCCGGGCCUUGGUGGGAUCCUUCAUGACAGCACUGGAAAUGGCCGGAGUGUCCCUCACCCUCAUGCUGGUGGAUGAGAAGCUGGUGGAGCUGAUCGAUGCCAAGACCACGGCCAUGGCGUGGCCCAACGUUCCUGCAGGACCAGCGACCACCCGGAGAGAGGAGGUGCCAGCGCCUACAGAGGGACCCAGGAAGCUGCAGRAUGAGACWGGAACUGGGCCCGGCACGGCGCGGGUGGAGCGGGUCCUGCAGCGGGUGUGCAGCACCUUGCUGGGUAUUCAGGAUAAGCUCAACGAGCUGGAUCGGGGAGCAGGUGAUGGGGACUGUGGCCACACGCACGCUCGGGCAGCUCAAGCCAUCCAGGAAUGGAUGCAUUCUCGGCCGCCUCCAGCCGUGCCAGCCCAGCUCCUCUCCUCCCUGGCUGAUGUGUUGCUGGAGCAGAUGGGAGGCUCCUCUGGAGUGCUCUACGGGCUCUUCCUGACGGCGGCCGCCCAGAGCCUGCGGGGCCGCAGCGAUUUCCCGGCAUGGGCUGACGCCAUGGAYGCUGGGAUUGAGGCCAUGCAGAGGUACGGAGGAGCUGCGCCAGGAGAUCGGACAAUGCUGGAUUCGCUGUGUGCAGCUGCACAGGCUCUGCAGUCCCUGCGCAGUCCCAGUGCUGACCCGCUCCAGGUGCUGGCRGCUGCUGUCCAGAGCGCAGAGGCAGCAGCAGAGGCCACCAGGCACAUGGAAGCUGGGGCAGGCAGAGCCAGCUACAUCCGCUCAUCCCGGCUGGAACAGCCCGAUCCCGGGGCYGUGGCGGUGGCAGCCGUGCUGAGAGCAGUGCUGGAAGGACUUCGGGAUGCCCAGUAAUGACAGGGAUGUGUAUCCCAAAAAAUCUGCGUCCCCUUGUAGUGACAGAGAUGUGUAUCCCAAUAAACCUUCGUGUCCCUGUAUGUGACAGGGAGGUGUAUCCCAAUAACCCUCUGUGUUUCUUCAAGGACCUGUAUCCCAAUAAACCUUUGGGUAUGGUCCCCAAUAA